UUGAACGCGCGCACGCACACAAUGGACAAUACUGGUCGUCGCGGCCAGCUAGCGGCACCAAGCCGCCGACUACCUUCAGUGUCACCACCACCACGCAGUACCUCCGUGCCGCAGCGGUGUACCCCGCGGCCCGCGCUUGACCCGUCGCGGUCCUCAAACGGCGGCGAAGCCAGUCGAACCAACGUGCUAUAUAACCACGAGCCGUGCCUGCGAUCGAGGAGCUUCUCGUCUCCUCCUCCGCCUCGAAAGUCCUUCCCCAGCGCGCCGACGGCGGCCGUGCCGUUCAUGUCGAUGGACACCUCAAAACGACCCGGUGUCUCCGGCUGCUACACCACUCCCACGGCCGACAGGCUCUGGAGGCAGCGCUCCUCUCCGGCAGCUGUUGUGUCCGCCUUCCUCCCGUGCGGCGGCCACGGUGGCCAGGCGCGAAGAAAUAUCAGGAGCGCGCGUCUGAGUGGGAAGGUUGGGCACCGCAACGGCGACGACGGCCAGGAGGCAGAGUUGGGCUCUGUUGCGUGGCCAGGCGGCAUGGGGUUCACGCGACUGCUGUGGAUGCGGGUCGUCGGGAAGGUGAUGAGCCGGAUGGGUUCCUCCGUGAAGGAGCAGUACGCGCAGGAGGAUUACGAGCAAAACUUCGACGAGGGCGGCGCGGCCGGGGAGCCAGAGAACCUCCCGCGCUCCUUCUCGGCGCGGUACGCCCGCCGGCGUCCUGCUGGGAUGGCGUUCACGGAUGUGGCUCACCGCCGUCCUUCGCAUCCUGAUUGUGAGACGUCCACCAAGGGAACUUUGCAUCCUCAUUGUAGAUAGUUAAGGGCAAUUUCGUUUGUGACGACUACGUUUGUCAAAGGUUAUCAUAUUUAGGGUCCUGAUAUUGCGAUACGUAUGGGUUUUGCUCACAUGUUUCGUUUGGUAUUAAAAAAACCCAGCCCACACUUCUAUGUGUGGGCAAAACAAGUAA